UUUCUGUUGCAAAUUAGUUCAAAUAAAGUUCGGUCAUUCAAACUUUAAUGACGUCAGCGUCAGCGAUGCUUGAGUCUUUUCGCGGGAAGUUACUUUCGCUUUGCCUGUAUCACAACAGCGGACAAAGCUUCUGACAGCAGUGUUCUGCCUAUAAAGCGUUAGUCUGUGUUUAUAUGGUUUAGUUUAUUGUCGAGACAUCUAAAUAGGUGUUUAGCUAGCGGUUUAUAUUCAGCCUGUGCUUUGGCAUACUUAUUUUUCAUCAUGAACUGUUUGCUGAUGAGAGAAAGUCCUAUGAUUAUUCCGCUUAAUAAGGAGAAGACAGUCUAUGACGGGUUCAUCCCAGUACUGGAAAAAGACUUAAGGAUAAGAAUAUCUCUACCGGCUGAUCGUCAGAUGAAACGGGCAAAGUAUGAUUCAUUGCAAUACAAAAAUACUGCUAAUUUUAUGUGUAUGAAUACGCAACUCGCUAUUUCCGCGAAACACCGUCUGAAACACGUCUCUUGUGCACACUUUGAUUGUGUGCGAGAACAGCACAGGUUACAGCAUUCAGCUAAUUUGAUGGCUUUUAUCCUGGAACUCAGAACAGUAUUGGAAGUGGUGUUGAAGAGCCAACCAGGAUGUCAGUCCUUCUCACCACCUCAGUAUUAUUCCCAGCUGAUAACAGAAAUGGAGAUCUUAGGAUGGGAUAAGCUGCUCUUCAUUGAUGCAGAGUUCCGCACACUCAAGCUGAAGGCAGAGGACUCUGCAGGUCGUCAACACGCCAUUACAGUCAAGCUCAAGUCCAAGUAUCCAACUGAGGCCCCAGAUUUUUCUGCAGAUCUUCCUGUUCCGUUGGUCAUCACAUGGACCUCUCAGAGCACCUUAGCCAAUGUCCACAGUCAGUUCCUGUUAAAUGUGGAGGCUCUGUCUGAGUUCUGGUCGGUGCUGGAUGAGAUCGAUGAGCAGACGUGGGUACUGGAACCAGAAAAACCCACGAAAGCAGACUCCAUGAGAAGGAUCGCCAUCGGAAACAAUGUCUCAAUAAAGGUACAAAUUGACCCCAGACACCCCAAAAUGCUGCCGGAGUGCUGUUUGCUCGGGGCUGAGCACGUUGUUACUCCUUUAAGGAAUAAGUUGAAUGCUAAUAUGCAUUUAUGGAACCCUGACUGCAGUGUCCUACAGAAUAUGAAGGAUGUGUUGGAGAUAGAAUUUCCAUCGCCUACCACCCACGAAAAAUCUAGUUUCAGUGUUGAAUGUGGCAUCUGCUACUCUUAUCGACUUCAGUCAGCCAUUCCAGAUCAGGUCUGCAAUGACCCUCGCUGUGGCCAGCCUUUCCAUCAAGUGUGUCUUUAUGAGUGGUUGAGAGGUCUGCCCACCAGUCGCCAAAGCUUCAAUAUUGUGUUUGGAGAAUGUCCUUACUGCAGCAAGCCCAUCACUGUGAAAAUGGUCACAGGAAAUGCUUAACAACAGUCAUGUGGUGUUACGGCUCCAGUGAGGGUAAUA